CUCUCGGCUUUGUCUACCGUAGAUAUUUCUAUCUUGUGUCUAUCCCCAGAGUCCUACCCAUACAACCUACUCAGAUCACUUAAAUCUACAUCUAAUCAAACUCACAUACAAUCACAAUGUCUUACAACGACAGCAACAACUCAAGCUACGGUGGUGGCGACAACAGCUACGGCUCGGGCAACUCAUACGGGUCCUCCCGAAACAACGACAAUGAUAACUCAUAUGGCUCGUCUCGUCGAGACAACGAUAACUCAUACGGUUCCAGCCGCGACAAUGACAACAGCUACGGUUCCAAGAGCAACACUGACUCUUACGGGUCUAAGAACAACAAUGAUUCAUAUGGCUCCAGCAACAACGACUCGUACGGUUCAAGAAAAAACGACUCAUAUGGCUCAAGCAAGAAUGAUUCGUAUGGCUCGAGUAAGACCGACAGCUAUGGCUCAAGCAACAAUGAUAGCUAUGGUUCAAGCAACUCUGGCCGAAACAACAACAGCAACUCGUAUGGAUCCAACGACAACAGCGAUAGCUACGGGUCUAGCAACAACCGCCGAGACAAUGACAACUCCUACGGCUCGUCCCGCAAUGACGACAGUAGCUAUGGCUCCUCCAACAACCGUAAAAACAACAACGACAACGACUCUUACGGGUCAUCGAACCAGAACAAGGGCUCCGGCGGCUAUGGUUCUAGCAACAACGAUUCCUACGGAUCUAGCAAUUCUAACAGCUAUGGCUCGAACGACAACAGCAACUCUUACGGCUCUUCUAACUCUUAUGGAUCGAAGAAUGAUUCGUAUGGGUCUAGCAACAACGACUCCUACGGUUCCAGCAACAAGGGAGAUAGCCUUGCCGGCAAGGUGCUAGAGAAGGUCGGCUCAGCUCUUGGAAGCGACCGCAUUGAAGAAAGGGGUCGUGAGAAGCGCGACGGUGCUAGUGGAUUCGGCCGCAACAACAACGACGACUACUAAGCUGUUGUCGUUAUUACGUGUAAUAUGGAUGUAAUUAAGUCUUCGGUGACACGUUUCUAAUUGCUUAAUUAAAAGUAAUCUACCUAUGGUUUUUCAAAA